CUUCCUUUAACUCCUCACUCCAUGCUUCUGAGUACUAAAAAACAUCGGGCAGGCGCUAGGGGAUCCGGACGGUGCCUCUAUGCAGGCGCUGUGCUGAGCUGCUGCGGCUGGCCUUUUUUUUUUUCCUUUUUUUUUUUUUUUUUUAAAGUUUACCUCGCUGAACUGAUAUCUUUUGAGUCGCGUUUCUUUAUUUUUUAGGGAGCAAAGGCAGAGACACACACACGCACACACAGGCACGGCGAUGUCGUAUCCUCAGGGUUACCUCUACCAGCCCCCAGGCUCUUUGGCUCUGUACUCGUGCCCGGCUUAUGGGGCUUCGGCACUGGCUGCUCCGAGGAGUGAGGAAUUGGCGAGAUCUUCGUCUGGAUCAGCCUUCAGCCCUUAUCCAGGAUCGGCUGCUUUUACGGCUUCGGCUGGUGGCUUUUCAAAUCCGCUGUCGUACCCCGCAGACCAUUCCACGGGUUUCCCGUCCUAUAUGGGUUCUCCGUACGACCCACACACAACUGGCAUGGCAGGGGCAAUUAGUUACCAUCCAUAUGGAAGUCCUGGAUACCCGUACCAGCUUAACGACCCGGCUUACCGGAAAAACGCGACGAGAGACGCGACCGCCACCCUCAAAGCCUGGCUGCAGGAGCACAGGAAAAACCCUUACCCCACCAAAGGGGAGAAGAUCAUGCUGGCUAUAAUCACUAAGAUGACCCUAACUCAAGUCUCCACCUGGUUCGCCAAUGCCAGGAGAAGACUGAAGAAGGAGAACAAGAUGACAUGGGCGCCUCGGAAUAAAAGCGAAGACGAGGAUGAGGACGAGGGGGAUGGUGAACGGAAGGAGGAUCGGGCGGACAAACAAUUCGACAACAGCGAAACUUCGGCUGAGGAUGAAGGUAUUAGUUUGCACGUUGAUACUCUCACAGACCAUUCUUGCUCUGCGGAAUCCGACGGGGAAAAGGUGGCUUGCAGGACUGGGCAGACGGUUUGUGAGCCUGGAGCAGAUACUAAGGACAAAUGCGAGGAUGACGAUCAAGAUACAGAGAACGACGGGGCCCCGCGAGGCGUCUCACCCCAGCCGGUGACCUCGUCGCCGCUGACGGGGACGGAGGCCCCGCUUUUAAACCACAGCCACGAGGACUCGACCAGAACCAGUAGCAAAGCAAGCCUCGAAAGCAGAGUCCCUUCAGGUCAACAGAAUCAACCCAUCAAACCCAAACUGUGGUCUUUAGCAGAGAUUGCCACUUCGGACCAGAAGCAGCACCUGGGACAAAACUGCCCUUCAGCCCUUCUGUCAACGACAUCGGCAGCGUCCCCGGCCAGCACCGUUUAUCCUGCCUCGUCCAUGUUGGCAAGGCCUAUUUAUUACACGUCUCCGUUUUACACUAAUUAUACAAACUAUGGCAACUUCAGCCCUUUGCAAAGCCAAGGAAUCCUGCGGUACAAUUCAGCCGCCGUGACUGCUAACGAGGGGCUCGCCCAGACUGUACUCAGCACGGGCCCCCUGCACAAACAGGCCAAUGAAUCCCCGCUAAAAAGUAACGCAAACCAGCUCGAGCACCACUUCAGACCCUCUAACUUAGAACCCAAGAAAGACGCCAUUGACGCGCGCGCAGUAGAAGCCCAACCAUACCUCUCAAGUUAAAAAAGAUUGCGCAAGUAGGUGUCACAAUUGCUUUGAAAAAAAGCGAGCAAGCCAUCAUUUCUUCAUCGUUUUAAACGAAACUAUUAUUUAUACUGGAUUCAGCCCUGAGCUGUAGGCGGUGACUACAGCGUGUUAUAGAUUGAUAGUGAAUAGACAAAAAUACUUAAAUAAGAAUGAAAUUUAAAAAUCAUCGUUUAAUUUCACUUCAAUUUUAAAGGAAUGUGCAUUUGUUGGUGAAGUAGAUUUCCCAAUGUAUGUGAAUUUGGAAAAAAGUUAUUUCUCAGGAUUCUAUAUUGCUUCAUUGCCACGGUAUAUAUUGUAUACUAUAGGUGUGAAAAUAGUUAGCAUUAAGUAACAUUUUGUAAAGAUGUAUCAUGCAGAAGAAAUGAGACUGAUUAACUUGGACUUAAAGUGGAAUACAUUUGAUAUUUAUUUUUGUAACGAUGGCAAAAGCCCAUAAUUUAUGCAAGUUGUAUUGCAAUGGAAUCUGAAUAUUGUUUUGUAAAUAAAUAAUGACUGGAUUUUUAUUUGAAAUGUUAUAGAACGUUACACAAUCUUUGUUGGUUGUUAACAGAAAUACUUUUACUAAUUUAUAUCGGUGAUUGUAAAUAAAACAGGCUGGUAUAUACUGGCAAAA